AAUACACCAAAUAUAUUUCCUCGGCAGCAAAGUAAAAAUUUGAAUUUCGUCGUAUUUGGUCGGCCAUUUUUGUUUUUUCACACUUAUGUUAAAUGAAGGAAUGGCAGCGUCUGAAGUCACGAGUCCAACGAACAUCCAAGAUGAUUUAAAAAAUGAAAGUUUAGAAGCUACUGUAUCUCUGGAUAAACUCAUAAUGGGAGGCGCACCAAAGUCAUCGGGAUCACUGUCUACUAGUGAUGAUCAUGUGCCUUCCACAACUUACGUUACAAUCCAUCUCCCGGACGGGACCCAGGGAUCAACUCUGAGUCAACAAAAAUUGCAGGAACUGAUCAUGCACCUGUCCCAGUCUGGUCAGAUUCAGCUACGAGAAGAUAGCAAGAUUGUAAUAGAUCUUAAAUUCACUGGUAAGUCGGGCGACCAAGGGGCUCAAACAAAAUUGGAAAAUUCUCCGCUCCAACACUCUGCUGUAUCUAGUUGUACGGCAUCACAAAUACAAACCAUAGCUUCCAGCAACCCUCAUCGUGUUUUACAGGUUGGCAGCCCGGGUUCCGAUGGAGUUCAAAUUGUACGCACUAUACCUUCUUUUGUCAGUUCUACUACUCAAAUAAUUUCAUUUCCAACCGUUGCAACACAACAACCAGUCGCAGCCCAAUCAAGCAAUCCUAGACAACAAAUUCAGCAACAACCUACUUACAUUCUAGUCCCAGCAGCUCAGCUAGCAAGUGGUGGAGAGAAUCAAGUGUUUGCAAGCACACCCAUACGUGCUGUUACAGCAGGACACACAAUGCUUCGUACUUCUGGAAUAGGUAUUAACAAUAAUCAAACUGUUAACACAAGCAGUGUUAAUUUAAGUUCAGCUGAUCGAAGUAUUAUUCUAGUACAACAACCAGUUGCUGGAACUAGUAUUCACGUUGGUUCUACAGGUACAAUCGUUCCUGGUUCAAGUAGUGGCAGUGGUACCACUUUAGUUCCUUUACGACAAUUAGGCGUAUCUACUUGUGGCGGCAAUGGAUUGGUGUCUAGUGCAGGUUCUACUCGUCUUAUUGGAUCAAAUAUUGGUAUUGAGUUGUUUUCAAAUACAGGCGCAGUUGGAUCACGAUCGUCUCAAGGUCAAGGAGGUUCAAUGGGAUUGGUGACAAUUUCAGCGAAUGCAGGUGCAUCUGGGUCUUCAUCUUCCGGAACUCCUCAGCGUGAGUCAACUUGGCAGCAAUAUGUCAAACAGUUCACGAAACUGGGUCCCUGUCCAAUCUGUGGGGAUAAAAUCUCUGGUUAUCAUUAUGGGAUAUUUUGUUGUGAAUCCUGCAAAGGCUUUUUCAAACGGACUGUUCAGAAUGCUAAAAGAUAUGCCUGUCAUCGUCCUAAUGCUUCUUCUCGAUGUGAAAUAAAUGUAGCUUCACGCAAGAAAUGUCCCGCUUGUCGCUUUCUAAAAUGCGUAGAUAAAGGGAUGCGUAUUGAAGCUAUUCGUUCGGAUCGUACACGUGGUGGACGUAGCAUGUAUCCUGGUUCACGUUAUUUGCGUCAGAUUGCAGCACGAGUUAGUGGGAAUCGCUCUACUUCUGGUCUGGCCAUCUCUAGUUCAUGUAUGGAAUUUUCAACUUCAGAUCUGGAUGGGAAUAUGCUAGGUGGAUUGACGGACCAAAGUAUUAUGUCAGAUGAUGCUGAUCAACUUUCUUGCUCUGUUGUCGGACUUGCUGCGCAUACUUUAGGCCCCGAUGGUUUGCCAGCUUCAGAAGACGCGGGUGGUGGUGUUUAUCUGGAUCCUGGUGUUCUCGGUACUCAUGAUAAUGAUGAAGAAGAAAUAGAUUCUGGUAGUCUGCGUGUUGAACCAAAUAUUUUAGAAUGUGGAGGCGGAAUUGUUGGUGGUACUAAUCUCUCAACAAAUGUCGUUUCGCCGUAUUUAGGUAGACAGGUAAUUAUCGGUGGUUCGAACGAGUCAAUUCCACGUACCAGGGAACAACUCCCAAAGGUAAUUUUAUGUUUUUUCUUUAUUUUUUAUAUGCUACUUAUUCUAUUACUUGAAGUCAAUCACAUUAUUUUGUUGUAUCUGAGUUGGACUAAUCGUCAUUUGUUGCAUCGUGUCUCUAGUCCUAUCACAAUCUCAUACCAUUAGUUUUCUCAUCGAUAUCUUUUGUGUGAAUUCUCGCAUCGUUACUGUUAUCCAUAUAGGUAAAUGAUUGAGGGCAAUCGACUUUUAGGCCUUGGAACUGGCCUCCCUCAAGAUCCUAGGUAUUCCUUGCUGACUAGUAUUAGCUAGCACGAAACUUACGUCCAGGGUUCUCUGUGGGCUCCCUCUAAUCACCUAACAAAGCCAUCAUUAGUAUCAUUUCUUUUCACCAAAAAAUCCUGUCUUCAAAGUGUAAAAUAUAUCAUAUCGUACAAUAAUGAAGAUGCUAAUAAAAAUAAUCUGUUAGGUGAAUAACAGAUGGUCAUUAAGAUGUUGUUUAUUUCUGUUACUACGGGUUGCCUCAAAAGACCAUAAUUCCCAUUAUAAGUGAUUCAUUUUGUAUUUCCCAUGUACCCUAGAUUAUUCGGGAUAUCCUCCUUGUAGAGGAAACCAUAGAAGCGGAACCCGAAGAUGCAUUAGAAAUCGAUUCUGCGGUUGCGUCAGAAACUGCAGCACCUGAGGGGGUUUCAGAUGACGAGGCAGCUGUGUACCGCGCACUGUUGAAUUUGGCAGACCAACGUUUAUAUCGAACAGUGCGUUGGUCUCGAGCACUUCCAGACUUCUCUUUACUCGACACGGACGAUCAAAUCCUUUUAAUACAAAAUUGUUGGGCAGACCUACUGUGUCUUGAUUGUUGCUGGCGCUCUUUGCCUACUCCUUCGGAAAUUCGCCUCACCUCAAGUAAAUGUAUCAAUCUUGAAGCUGCACGUGAAAUGGGUGCUGAAGAAAUAGUUGAGAGAAUUUUACAACUCACUCAAUCUUUAACAAGAUUACAACUGGAUAUUGUGGAAUAUGCAUGUUUAAAGGUCAUUGUCCUAAUGCAAGCAGACUUGAACAAUUUAAAAGCAAGUUCUCAAGUUCGAUCCUAUCAAGAAUCUGUUCGACGGCUACUAAUGGAUUAUGUCACCAAGUCGUCACCUGAUAUAAAUGAUAAGUUUAACAAAUUGAUCAAUCGAAUUCCUGAACUACGCAAAACAAGUCAGGCUGCUCGCUUGAUGCUUGUUGAUUUGGAUCUAUCUUCUUAUUUAUCAACUAAUUCUCUUCUAAUGGAACUUUUACGCAGUGAUAUUCAGAGGUUUACACCAAAUAAUGGAACAAACAAUUCGACAGAAUCCACAACAACAGUAUCAAUGCAAGGUUCUGCCAAUUCUGGUAUAAAAACUGUCUCAGUCACUUUAGGUGCUGACACUGCAGAAAAUCAAGAGGAGAAUACUAAAGUCACAAUAGUCCCAUCAUCAGGUGUUACUGAUUUAUUAUCACUACCUAAUCAUACUACUAUUACAACAGUAACAGAGAGUAGACUAGAUGAAACAAUCACCAGUAAUAGUAAUAAUUCAUUGACUACUUCUGAAGUUGAUGUUAUUUCUAAAUAGUUUGACAUUUUUUAUGAAUAUUUGUUAUUAUUAUUGUAAUGAUUAAUAGCUGGCCAUGAAUAUUUGAUUCAUACAUUGUACUUGUUUUUUCACUGUUUCACGCGCCACAUUUGUAUAAAUGGCACUUACAAUUUUAUUGCUAAUAUCUUCGUUAGUAUACAUACUAGCACAGAUUUAACUGUAAAUACUUUCCAUUUUGGUAAAUAACUGUACUUUUCCAAAUAUUCCUCUGCUUGUCUUGUUUUCUGGAACUUUGUCAAUAGUUGUGGUUUUUCCAACCAUCUCUGUCAAAGGUGUUUGGGUACUCUUUGAUGCAGGCAUAUGUGUGUGUUCUUAAUACAUAGAUUUCCCCUCAUUAUUUCCCUGUAAUCCCGGUUAUCUGUUGUAUUCUGUGCACCACUACAUCUAACAUGUGUACAUAUUUAUAUAUAUAUUACUGAUGAUUAUGUUAGUAGCUUAGCUCUUUGUUCUCUUUUUAUAAUCACAAGUUUCACACACAAUACUACUAUUUUCUUUUCGAUAUAUAUACAUAUUACCAUUAGUAACAAUCAGUAUAGAUAAGUAUGUCGCGCGUAUCACUAGAUAUAACUAUAUUCACACUAUUAAAUAUUAUAGUCAACUCACUUUACGUUUGAGAACAACAAUCAAGGAAAUAUUAUCUGGUCUAUUUUUCAGUUUUAAUUGCAGAUUAGUUUUUCUGCGUUUUCAUUUCCCGUUUCUUUUUAUACAUAUAUAUAUAUGUAAUUUGUUGAUAUUUCAACUGGAAAGAUUAUUAAUCUAUACUAUUACCAAUGUUAUUUGAUAAAUGCACAUCUCACUGUC